AUGCACAAAAACGGUAGAAACACCGAGGCGUCGGCUACGUCUGACACAUCUGUACCAGAGGCACUCAUCCCAGAGACAAACAGCCCAACAGCGGCCUUACAGGGUGCAGUCUCUAUUGAGACUGAUCCUGUCAUUGUGGAUUUAGAGCAGGCAUGGGCAAGACCUCUAAGUUACUCCUGCUCCAUCGAAGAAACAGAACAAUGUAAACGCGAAGGGCCCGCUUGUCAAGUUCAGGAGGCCACAAGGGGGCACGAGACCUCAAGAGAAGCUUCGAGUGAGCAACAGCAGGACCACCAGCUUCUUCAAUCGCAGACGCCGUCUUCCCAGCAGCCAGAUGCCGACCCACCAGACCCAGAAGAAACCUGGCUGAUCAUUGGUCCAUCCCCCAGCUUACUAACUUACCCUAGCGGUAAGAGUAUUAUUAUCCGGCAAGCCUGUAUCAGAAGAGGUAUCUCCACAGCAACAGCGGACAUUAUGACACAAUCAAGUCAGCGCAAAAACAGUACAGUAUUGAAUUCUAGAAGUAGUGGGACUUCUGCCAGGAAUUAAACAUCGAUUGUCUUACUGUAUCGGCUCCAACAGUGCUCGAGUUCUUGUCUAAAGAGUUCGAACGAGGAGCGACUUAUGGCUCCCUUAACUCUCACCAUUUUGCACUCUCUUUAAUGGGCGAGAAAGAUAUUGCAAGAGAUCCAGCAGUCCAACGGUUUUUCAAAGGUCAAGCUUCGUCCUGCUAGGCCAAGGUACACUCAUACCUGGGACUCUGAGUGGGUUUGUUCUACCUUGAAUCCCUACUAUCAAACGAUGAGCUAACCGUAACACAACUCAGGGAAAAGAC